UCGAAUGAGAGAAUGGUCAAGCGACGAAUCGAUAAAAUGCAACUUUCGGUUUUACAGUUUUAAUUUCAGUUUUGAGAGAGCGCGUGGAGAACAAACAGCUGUAUUUUAUCGUUAUUUCACAGACAACAGAGACACAUAUGCUCUAUUUCCAAUGUGAUUGAGGUAUUUUAGAGACCUUUUGAAAAGUGAUCACUAAGUCGCAAAUAGCUUAUAGAGGCGCAUCGAACGGUCCAGCAAACGCCUAUGUUUACAAAAUCGAUUAUGGAUCAAAUUUUCACUUGAAUAUUUUACAGUUUUUUUGUGAAAUUGGAUGCUGGAAAAUUUGGUUCUUUGCAAUUUUUAGGAGUAUUGAAAUGGUUUUCGAUUCAUUAAUUAGGCUUUUAAAUUGAAUAAAUAAAGUGUUAAAACUGUGAAUUUCUGAUUCGAUAAGAUCGCCAAAACCUAUCAGCAACGAAAAAAGUUUCUUCAAUACUGAUUUGAAGGGUUUAAUGAAACUACCAAGAAUGGAAUAUGUUCCAAAUAAAGACGACACCGAAAUGGUCUCCAAAGUAAUUAGUUUUGAUGAGGUUGUUAAAACAUCAAUUGAAACAUUCCGUAACACAUUCGGUACCGAUCCCGACAUUGCCGCAUGUGCACCGGGCCGUGUCAACUUAAUUGGAGAGCACGUGGACUACAACGAUGGCUACGUCCUGCCGAUGGCGUUACCGAUGGUUACCGUCAUUGUUGGCAAGAAAAACUCCACCGCUUCGAGCUGUGAUGUGCAGACUUGCUUCGAGGGCAUACAGGAGCAAACGAGGGCACAGUUCGAUAGUGCAAACAUUGCUAGAGGAGUUCCAAAAUGGCUCAACUACGUGAAAGGCGUGAUGUUCAACUUUGGCCGGCCUGUGCCGGGUUUCAAUGCGGUUAUAAACUCCAACGUUCCCGUCGGUGGCGGACUGUCCAGCAGUGCUGCUUUGGAGGUGGCGACGAUAACGUUUCUGGAACAGUUGACCGGCCAAAAAAUUGCAAAGUCGAGCGAUAAGGCACUCAUUUGCCAGAAAGCGGAACAUACCUUCGCCAAUAUGCCCUGUGGAAUCAUGGACCAACUUAUCUCGGUUUGUGGCCAACGGAACCGGGCUCUGCUGAUCGACUGCCGAAGUCUCUCCACCACCCAGAUUCCGUUCGAGGCAGCCGGACUGGCUGUGUUAAUUUGCAACUCGAGCGUGAAGCAUGAACUGUCCUCCAGUGAGUAUCCGGCCCGGCGCAAACAGUGCCAGGAAGCCCUACAACUGAUGGGACUCGAAAGCUACCGGGAUGCCACCGAGAGGAAUCUAGACGCUUUGAAGGAUGCUGAUGAGGUGCUGAUGCGAAGGGCCCGACAUGUCAUCACCGAGAUCAAGCGUACAGUCGCUGCUGCCGACGCGUUGAAGGCUAACGAUUUCCAGAAGAUGGGAAAAUUAAUGACGGAGUCUCAUAAAUCGUUGCGCGACGAUUUCGAAGUGUCGUGCCACGAGCUGGACAUUCUGGUGGAAGCGACUCUGGGGGCACCGGGCGUCCUGGGAACACGUAUGACUGGUGGCGGAUUCGGUGGAUGCACCGUGACUCUGCUGCUAAAGGAAUCCAUCGAGGACGCUGUCAAGGAAAUCGACACAAUUUAUUCGCGCAAAGUAGGCGGCAAAUAUCGGGCUCGGUUCUACCUGGCAGAACCGGCUGAUGGUGCGAGAUUGAUUAAUUUAGAUCAUUACUGAAGGGGAACUGGGAAGAACAGUGGCAACGUCCAGAGACGAGAAACCUGCUGCUUGCCACCGACGCCGGCCGGGACGUGCUGACUUGCCAAUGGAACGAGAUCAAUGGGGCUUGAUUGGGUACAAAUCGAAUGAAAGUUGGCGGGGCGGAUGUUGCAAAUGGAUCGGAUCGUGUUUUGCUGUAUGUUUGAUGAUGUGAGUUUUUUUUUCUGUGUUGAAACAUAAAAUCGUGGUUUUGUAGUUUUAUGUGAGUGCAGCAAAAAAAAAAAAAGAUAAACUUUUACCACUUUUUGUGUUAAUAAACUAAUUGCAUUCUA